GCCCACCCGGAAGCGCUCCCUCUCCUGGCGGGACGGCGGGCGCCGCCGCGGCUCUCCUCAGGGAAGGGACGAGGCCUCAGGUUCCGGGGAUUUCAUCCUGGCCCUGGAGGCGCCAUGGCAGCCGAAGUGAAGGUGACUGGGCAGAACCAAGAGCAGUUCUUGCUCCUGGCCAAAUCAGCCCGCGGAGCUGCUCUGGCCAGCCUCAUCCAUCAAGUGCUGGAGGCCCCCGGCAUCUAUGUCUUUGGUGAGCUCCUGGAUAUGCCCAACGUUCGAGAGCUAGCCAAUAGUGAAUUCUCCCCCGUCUUCCGCCUGCUCACUGUCUUUGCAUAUGGGACAUAUUCAGACUAUUUGGCUGAGUCUGGGAACCUGCCUCCGUUGACUGAAGCUCAGAAGAACAAACUUCGCCAUCUCUCUGUGGUCACGCUGGCUUCCAAGCUCAAGUGCAUCCCUUACUCAGUCCUGCUAGACCAGCUGCAACUGAAGAACGUGCGGCAGCUGGAGGAUCUGGUGAUUGAGGCUGUGUACGCUGACGUGCUGCGUGGGAGCCUGGACCAGCGGAACCAGCGGCUGGAGGUGGAUUACAGCAUUGGGCGGGACAUCCGCAGGGAGGAGCUCAGCGCCAUCACCCGCACUCUUCAGGAAUGGUGCCAGGGCUGCGAAGUGGUUCUCUCCAGCAUCGAGGAACAAGUCAGCCGAGCGAACCAGCACAAGGAGCAGCAGUUGGGCCUGAAGCAGCAGAUCGAGAGCGAGGUUGCAAAUCUGAAGAAGACCAUUAAAGUGACGACUGCUGCCGCCGCCGCCGCCGCCACCUCCCAGGAUCCCGAGCAGCACCUGUCCGAGCUCCGGGAGCCUGCUCCGGGCACCAACCAGCGUCAGGCCAGCAAAAAGGCUUCCAAGGGCAAAGGGCUCCGAGGCAGCGCGAAAAUCUGGUCGAAGUCAAACUAGCAGGACUCCGGCGUGGCUGGGGACAACAGGGGUCCCCACACGUGGGGCCUUCUUCUCUGGCCGGGAUGUCUUUGUCUGUUUGGCUCCCCCGCCCCGCCCCGCCCCGCCCCGCCCCGCCUUCCCAUUUCUUCCCUUUCCUGUCUUGUUCGGCUGUUCUCUCUUGCCCUCGCUCUCUCACAAUCCUUUUUGCCUCCUUUCUGUUUCCCACGUCACAGUCCUCCCCUUUCCUUACCCCUCUCGCUUUGUCUCUCUCUUCCUGAGCCCCAUUCCUUUUUGGAGGAUGUGUUUAGAAAGAGCCAUAAAAUGACCUCGGUGUUUCAAUUGCCAUUGCAGCAACAGAAUGUCGUGGAAGCCCAGGGUGGGGAUGGACGGGCCGCUGAGGAGCCACUUCCGUUCUAGGGGAGGGCAGAUCCAAGACAUCUUUGCUCGGGGUGGGAACUCAUACACCAUAACAUCCAGAAUUUUUUUCCUGCUUUGCUCCGAUCAGUGGAGGGGCCGUGUGUGUGUGUGUGUGUGUGUGUGUGUUGGGUGAAUUGUUUUUAAAUAGUAUAAAUAGAUAAAGCGAUUUAAAAAAAAUGAACCUCUGGACAUACCUGGGGGGGGGGGGCUGUGUCCUUGCUGCAGCAUCACUUUGUUCUCUUGGGGGCACCUUCCGAUCGGUGUCGGGUCUUCAGCCCUCUCAGCGCAGGAGGAGAUUUCUGCUGGCUUCUGAGAAGCUCUGGGGCAGUGUGGGGCCGUCGGAGUUCCUGUGAGUCGGGAAUGGCAAUAGGGAGCCAGUGCAGUGGUUAAGAGUGCCGGACUGGGAUCAGAAGAUUCGAACCCCUGCUCUGCCCACGGGAGCACACCCGGCCAGCCACUCUCCCUCAGCUUAACCUACCUCACGGGGUUGUUUUUGUGAGGGUGAAGUGGAGGAGGAGAGAAGAAUGUUGUAAGCUGCUAUAGGUGUCCAUAGGGGAGAAGAACAGGAUGUAAAUAUAUCUAAAUAAAUAAAUACUGCUGGAAAGAGGGGCCAGGCUGAUGGCUGAGCUGAAGGCCUUACUGUUCCCAGUGCUUAACUUUGUGGGGUGUGUGCCAGAAAUGGCACAAGCAGCAAGGGUUUGAUGAGCCAGUGUGGUGUCGUGGUUAGCGUGUUGGGUUAGGAUCCCAAGUUCGGAACCCCCUCCCCC